AUACGUGUGGAUUUAGCUUUUACUUGUUCAUACAAAAUGAGGCCGAUUUUCUGUGGGAACUUCGAGUAUGAUGCUCGCCAAUCUGAAUUGGAACGGCUUUUCAGCAGAUAUGGGAAGGUUGACAGGGUGGAUAUGAAAUCAGGAAUAUUCUGGAGCACCCAUUUUCUUCCUUGCUGAUGGGGUGCCAUCACCUCUCCUGCCUGAGUCCGUGCCUCAUCUCUUUGUGUAGCUCCAGGAGCUGAUAUGAUCCACCAUACUCUGUGGCACUGUCCACCUGACAUUUCCCCACGAGACCAUUGCCUUUCACUUUCCAUGAACCUUGCCCAUCCUCCCAAUCUGCUCAUGUUCUCCAUGCCGUUCUCACUGCCAGGCUGGAGAAUAGAUGGCGAAGGUGGCACUCAUUGGCCAAUCACAAGAGACCCACUUUUGCCUUAUUCUACCAUGACAUCGAUUAGUCCCUACUUCUGCACAUGAGGAUUUGCUUUUAUUUACAUGGAUGAUGAAAGAGAUGCAGAGGAUGCAAUUCGGGCCCUUGACAGAACUGAGUUUGGCAGACAGGGGCGACGGCUUCGUGUUGAGUGGACAAAGCAAGAGCGUGGUGGUAGAUCUGCCAGUUCAAGAAGGUCUCCUUCUAACAUGAGGCCCACAAAGACUUUGUUUGUCAUAAACUUUGAUCCAAUCAAUACCAGAAUGAGAGACUUGGAGAGGCACUUUGAACCGUAUGGAAAAAUCUCAAAUGUUAGGAUCAGAAGAAACUUUGCAUUUAUUCACUUUGAGUUGCAGGAGGAUGCCACUAAAGCUUUGGAGGCAACAAAUAUGAGCAAAUUAAUGGAUCGGGUCAUUUCGGUGGAGUAUGCACUUCGUGACGAUGAUGACAAAAGAAAUGGGUACAGCCCUGACAGGAGAGGCAGGGAGAGAUCCCUGGAAAGGAGAGGCCGUGACACACGGCGUUCUCCAAGCCCAUAUGGCAGAGGCAGGGAGAGGGACAGUCCUGAUUAUGGGCGUGGUCCGAGUCCAUAUAACAAACCCGAGCAAAGGGGUAGUCCUAAUUACGGAAGAGAUGGAAGUCCAGGGUAUGAGAGGUACCCCAGUCAAUCUCCAAGGCAGGAAGAACAAUGAGGACUAUUCUUUGUUCUGAGCAAGUUUGCCGCACAAUUUGUGCUUAUUGAACAAUUGCUGUAAUAUCGCAUUUAGAAAAAUAGUGUGUGCCAAGUACUAUUGGACUACUGCAAUGUCCGCUCUAGAGAUACUAUUGGUAUGCAAUGAUAGUAUCAGUGGUGGUGGUUGACUUGUGUUC